AAGAAGUAACGUCAGUUUGUUGUUGGCUUGCUAGAGAAGAGUCGUAAUAAAGUGUGCUUUUACCAUGUCGAGACGGUGUUAUUUUCACCCCGACUGCAAAUCUCCUUUAUAUGGCCUUCCUAAGGAUGACGAAAUUAGAAAACAAUGGUUAAAUUUUAUUUUUAACUCAAGUGUUGAACAUAACAACCCCAACAUAUUUCUGUGCGCUGCGCAUUUUACAGAUGACAGCUUCCUUAAUCGCGGGGAGUACAAUGCUGGUUUCGCACAAAGGCUUAUUCUGAAAAAUUCAUCCGUUCCCACUUUAUCAGGACAAUCGGAUAAUGAACCAAAACCUGAUGUAGAUGAGGAUUGUUGUGAAUCUUCAGUGUAUGUAAAUGAUGGGAGCUCCUCAGAAAGUCUGGAUUUAGUGAUCAACGAACAAGAUCAGCCACUGAUGGACCAACAUCUAUCUGAAGAGACAUCCGGUCCAACACAGGAAUCAGAGCUCAAUCUCACUUUACUCUGUUAUAGCGAGUCAAGCCCCGCAGACGCUCAUAUUACGGUCACUGUGUGUGACAGUGAUGAUCAGGAUGAGGAAUCUUUGGAUCAAAUCUCCACAGUUUCUCGGAAUUUUGUCUGUAAUGUUGAAGAACAGCAGAAGAUCCCGCAGACAACAGUGAAGACGUCUUCAAUCGGAGUGGGGGAUUGCAGUAACCAGAUGGCGAAAAAAACAGAAAUCAUAGUAGUGGAAAGUGACAGUGAUGAUGAUGAUGAUGAUGAAGAAGAAGAAAAUGCUGAAGAAGAAGAAGAAGAAGAAGAUAAGGAUGAUAAUGGUGAUGAUGAUUUUGUCCCUUCGGAUGAGCAUUGUGAUGAAGAUGAUGAUUUCAUUCCAUCAGAUGAGAUCAAUACAUCUUCUGAUGAAGAAAAAGCAAAACAAAUACACAAGUGUCCAUACUGUGAGAAGAGAUUUUCCUAUACUUGGAAGCUUAAGUCACAUGUGCGCUUACACACCAAGGAGAAACCGUUUCAAUGCAGCGUAUGUGGAAAAACUUUUAGGCUUUCAGGUUCUUUAAAGUCGCACGAAACAACACACAGCGAGGACAAACCCUUUCCGUGUUCACACUGCGAUAAACGUUUCAGGAAUAAACAUCGUGUGAUGGUCCAUGAAAGAGUUCACACCGGAGAGAAACCGUACCUGUGCCAAGACUGUGGGAAGAGCUUCUCUAAUACCAAUGCUUUUAAAUUGCAUCAGAGAGUUCACACCGGAGAAAAACCUUAUCAAUGCACUCAAUGUGAAAAGAGCUUCGCACGUCACAAGUCCUUUAAAAUUCAUCAGCGAGUCCACACUGGAGUAAAACCUUAUCCGUGUAGUUUUUGUGGGAAAAGUUUCACUCGACAGGACAAUUUGGUGACACAUCAGAGAAUUCAUACGGGAGAAAAACCUUACAAGUGCACUCAGUGUGAUAUGGGAUUUACACAAGCGGUUCUCCUGAGACUUCAUCAGAAAAAACAUACUGGAGGAAAACAUUAAUAUCUAUAGAGAUAUUCAGUCAUGUAGGACAUUUAAAAGACUCAUCAUGCUGAAGAACAGAUCGUGAAAAUGACAAGUCAUUCACAAAAAAAAAAAACAAGCACUAUUUUACAUUUGUAGAAACUUUUUAUUUCGACAAUAAUAGCAGAUUUAAUUCGAUUUUGCACUCCAGGUUCUGCUCCACUAGAAGAUCUUUCUACAUUUCUGGUUUUGUGACAUUUAUAAUGUGAUAGUUUUUUUAUGUUUAUGCAUGUAUGCAUAUUUAUUUAUUUUAUACAUAUACAUUAUAAAUACAUUUUUAAGGUUUGUUUUUGGUUCACCCGGAAGGUUUUCUUUAAAUAAAUUGAGCAUUAGUACCUGUAUAUUUAGAAAGAAACAAAUGUUAUUUGAAAGGUCUCUAUUCUCAAAUGUAAAUAGUUAAUGUUGUGUUGUUAUUUAUCAUUCCUCUUUCUAAAAAAAAGUCAAACACAUCAUUUAAUAUUAUGAGUGGGAGUCAAUAAAUAUAUUGGAUAAUCUGUA